UGGUGAUAAAAAUGAAAGGCGGCAAAAAUUUGAAUUUUGAAACCUUCUAGAACUGACGUUUCUGUUCAGGCAUGCGCAGUGACGUAUUACGACUUAAUUCCCAAGUUAUCCAUCAUUAGUCAUCAAUAUUUGUGUUUUGGUUUAUCUCAGAGGAUCAUCAACAACCGUCGGUGCGAAUUCCAGUCGUGUGCCCCCAUUCCGAAUCUCCUUCAGCCGUGUGCUGGCUUUGAUGAUGAGGAAUGUACCAAAAAUAGUUGAGGUCUCCCCCAGGUGCCAGAAAUGUCGCAAGGAGAGCAAUCCCUGCUCAGCCGUUUGCAAAAGCUCGACUUGGAGACUAAGCGCCCCCCUGUCGAUGCGCCCCCCAACCCCUUCAUGCACCGCCGACGCUCCAAAUCGCUCUCGAGCAUCAACUUCGGCUCGGGCUGUGACUGCGUCAAGAAGAACCAAGCGAUCAAACACACCACGUCUUUCAAGCGCCCCAACCGCAAGAUCCUCCGCGACCCCAUCCUCAAGUUCAUCAAAUGCUCGCAUAGUGAUAAAUUAUCGAAUGUCAAGAUCUCGAAGAAGCGGAAAGAGAGACUGUUCGGGCAGUGCUCGAGGCACAAAGAGCGCGAUUUCAAGUCGAUUGUGGACGCGUACGAGAAACUGACUCUGGAUAGUGACAAUAGUGACUGUUACACAGCGGCCAGUUUUCAGAAAGCGCGCGAAAGGUCCAAUAGUCUGUCCUCGAGGCCGGAGGCCUGCACUCUGGGGGCCAGCUGCUCGCACCAGGCGAGGAUGAACGUGACGCCCCCGUGUGAUGUGACAAUCGACGAACUUGCCAGUUAUUUCGAGACUUUUGUCCAUAUACCCAAGAAGAUGAGCUCCAUGGCCGAGAUGAUGUACAUCUGAACAAAUUUUUGUAUAUCGAGGUGUUUUCGUGUAAGGAUGUAAGUAGAGACAGGAUUGUGGACAUCUAGGUCAUUUAACAACGAUUAUUAAGACUGA